GCAGUUUACAAUGUGUUCUCGCAGCAGUAUCACGUCGAAUAACAUCAUCUUAAUUUAAAAUCCACUUCCGGAAAAUUCCGUUCGAUUUUCUACGCGGAAGUGGCACAAUAGUCGAUUAAAAGCCAUGAGCACUGUUGAAAACGCAGGGUUUGAAGAGAAUAGCGUGACACAGUACACUUUGUCGUUGAGAGAUAUUUUAGAGAAAAUAUUUUCUUAUCUAAAUUUCAAUGAUCUCCGGCAAGUCAUAAACACUUGCAGAUUAUGGCGCGAGCUGGCGCAGAAAGAGCUUCAGUUGCGCAACGAAUUCCAGAGCUUGAUUUUGCCUCUGUACAUCACUCCCUACAUCCACGGAGUGGGCUACAACGACGGCGAGGACUUUUUCGAGCACUACAAUAACAUUCCGUACUAUCGUCGCACGAGGGAAGGCGCGCUCACCGAAUGGCACGUCAGCAACGUCGUGAGGAACGUACCGCGGAUGUUCUUUCUGUUCUACGAGGCGCAGACGCUGCUGGACUUGCCGUUUCACCGCGAGUACUUGGACACGCUGCCGAGGUCCAGUGCGUUCGCCGCGAUCGGCUUGCUGAUGCUCUCCGUGGACACGACCGAGCUCUUCGGCUUCUCGAAUCUGGGCGCCGGCAUCUCGAUGCCGUCCACGCCCUCGCUGAACAGCGAAUACUUCAACAUUGAUCAGUAUUCCGUGGAUUAUCUCUCCAUAUCCCAAUUGAUGGAGCAGACAUGCGAUAAAUUGCAAAUGAACGGCUCGGGUGGGGAGCACAGCUGCUACAUAGUCUUCUUGGCCCGUGUUUACGACAGCGUCCUGGACUGGUACAUCGAGCGGGCCAAAGUCCACGCAGAGAACUUCUUGAGGCACGUGAAGGCAAGGUCCGAUCCGGGCACGUACUCGAUAUUCGGGAGCGGCUGCUACUUCAUCGACGUCUUUUCCACGAACUCAGGCGCGGAGGACAUUAACUACGGAUUCAUCUUGAGGCUGUACGGCUCGGCAAUGAAAUCCUACUCGGUAGUGCUGAGCCUCGAUCUGACGGCCGACGAAGCCACGCAGCGGCUGUUGGAUUUUCGAAAAAACAUAAGAUUGCGAUCGAAUUCGAUCGCCAUCGCUACGCUCCCCGUGGACAGAGAGCGAGCUUUCGGCUGCGCUCCAAACGACCAGUUGACCGCCGAUAUGUGGCUGUGUAAAGUUACAGCUUUCAAGAGAGCUUUCCCGAAGGUUCCCUUGACGUGUCUCUUCGACGAUCGAUUGUCCGCGCAGUACGGAUGUAAUACCUUGAACGACGAUCGCGAUUCGACUUUCCAACAUAAGAAUUCUGUGAUCUAUUUAAUUAUCACUACGACGUAGGUGCCUGCGCGUGCAGCCACUUAGAGCAUGUCUAUUGCGCAGUUGUGUAUCCUGCCUUAAUUAACUCACAUUGAUAAUGAAUGUACAUUUUUAGUAAUAAAUUAUAUUUUUUUUCAAUUGUU